CAUAUGGCCAAAAACCAUUUCAUUUCCCUCUUUCUUUAAUCAACUCUACUAUAAUCUUUUUUAUAUAUAUAAAGGCCAUUACCAAAAUCUUACUACAUCAAUAAAACCCCACUAAUCACUUAGUUCUUGAAAACAACUUUUGCCAAAAAAAAUUAUAACAAAAAACAAAUUUUCCAUUUUCUUCAUAUGGCUUCUUCUUCUCUGACAAUUUCUCCAAGAAAACUUCGUUUAGAUUUAUAUUCUUUUUCAUACCAACAAGAUUCUAGCACACCAUUAGUGAUAAAUGUUCUUGCUUCACUAAUUGAGAGAAACAUGGCAAGAACAAAGAGAAUAGUAAAAAAUUGUUCUAGAUCUUUGUCUAAGGCAAUUAGCACAAACAUCUUUGAUUGUAGAGAGAUUCCAGAUUUGACAAUUCAAUCUUAUUUAGAGAGAAUUUUUAGGUACACUAAAGCUGGACCUUCAGUUUAUGUUGUGGCUUAUGUUUAUAUUGAUAGGUUUUGUCAAAUUAAUCCUGGAUUUAGAAUCAAUGCUAGAAAUGUUCAUAGACUUCUCAUUACAACUAUCAUGGUGGCUUCCAAAUAUGUUGAAGAUUUGAAUUACAGAAAUUCAUACUUUGGAAGAGUUGGUGGAUUAACAACUAGUGAACUAAACAAAUUGGAGCUUGAAUUUCUUUUCAUGAUGGGUUUCAAAUUACAUGUAAAUGUGAGUGUUUUUGAGAGUUAUUGUUGCCAUUUAGAGAGGGAAGUUGGAAUUGGAGGAGGAUACCACAUUGAGAAGACAUUAAGGUGCGCAGAAGAAAUCAAAGCUAGACAUAAAGAAGAAAUUAGAGGCUACACACAACGUCGUGUCAUGUUGUAAUCUUAUUUGUGAUUAUGAAUUUUUGUUUGUUAUUAUGUUAGUGUUAUUGUUGCCAAUUUGUGAGUAUGUUAGAGUUU